AUGUCAGUUGCCAAAUGCCAAAAUCUAGCAAAAGACUCUCAGCCCGUGGUCACGAAAGUGCUAGAGCCAUCUGAGGAUCUAAAGAACACGCACACAUAUAACGAGAAAAUGGUAUCCAAGAGCCCGAAGAGGUACACCUCAAAAUCCCUGCAGCACCUAUGCGUGCCCAAAAACUGAACUGCACGUCCGUCCCACCGUUCGACUACAGUAGCAUCACCCCCUCCCUGUCCCACUCUAUACCAAAACGGAAGAUUGCCGACUACAGCAUACUGCUGUCUGAAGUGCUGUCUG